AUGCAAUCAUUUAAUGAGGGAGAGUCUCACUCUACAACCUUAGAGCCAUCAAAGUAAAUUAUUGUAGUAAGUAGGUCAUUCAAAUCUAGAUCGAUCUUUGAUACAAUGGAAGCUUCAACGAAAUAAUUCUAUAUGUUUGAUAAUGACACAGGGGAUAUAAUCGACCUAAGAACUUCUUAAACGGUUGAAUAUGACUAAAUAUAAUUCUAAAAAGAAAAUGCAUGGCAGGAUUUUUGGAAAGAAUCCUAGUUGAAAACUUUGGAGCUAAUUAAAGCAUGCAAAUUAGGUUAGUUUGCGAUUGUAGAAUCAAUAUUGUAAUCCUCAAACUUCAUCGAUAUAAAUGCUAAAGAUUCAAAUGAUUAGACAUGUUUACACUUUGCUUGUAGUUCUGGCAACUAUCAAAUAGCUUAUCAUUUAAUUUAAAAAGGAAGUUAGGUGAAUGAAUAAGAUUGUGAUGGAUGUAGUCCUUUGAUGGUCAGUGUUAAAAACAACCACUUAGACUUGGUUACUUUGCUUUUAUACAACAAAGCCAAUGUUGACAGGUAAGAUUUUUCAAUGAACACACCUCUACAUAUAGCAUUGGAUAAUAAUUGUUUGGAAAUCAUUAAACUCUUACUCAAUUACAAAGCUGAUCCCUACAUACAGAAUGGAGAAAAUGUCAAUGCUCUUUAGUUAAUAUCAAAUACAGAAUAGUAAUAAAUAUUCAAAUAAUUUGGAUAUGAAAAAUAAUAUGUAAAAGAAAGACUGGCAUCAAGCAAUAAUGAGAAUAAGGAAUCCAAUUCCUCCUAUCGUAAAAGUAUAAGUAGAAUAAUGAAGUUCUUGGGCUAAUCAGUUCCAACUAAUUCUUUGUAGAAGUAAACUUAUCAGGCAAGGCAAUCUGUGGUUCCAAUCGGAGGUCAGAAUAUUGGGCCAGAUUCCUUUACUUAUCACAAAGAAUUAGGAAAAGGAUCGUUUGGUAUUGUUUACCUAGUUAAAAAAAAGGAUGAAUAAAAUAGUUUAUACGCGAUGAAAGUAUUGAGAAAAGAGAAAAUUAGUUAAAAACUAUUACCUUAUAUUUAAACUGAGAAAUCCAUCUUAUCAGUGAUCGAUCAUCCUUUUAUUGUGAAAUUACAUUAUGCUUUCUAAACUCAAUUCAAAUUAUUUUUGGUAAUGGACUUCUGUCCUGGAGGGGAUCUUACGAAACUCUUGGAUUUAAAGUCCAAGUUGGCAGAGCAAGUUGCCAAAAUGUAUACUGCUGAGAUCAUCUUAGCCAUUGAAGCUCUUCACCAAAAUAAAAUCAUGUAUAGAGAUCUAAAACCAUAAAACAUUAUUAUUGACAAUAAUGGUCAUUGCAUGUUAACUGAUUUUGGAUUAGCUAAAACUGAUAUCGAAACUGAAGAUACAAAGUCUUUUUGUGGAACUCCUGCCUACAUGGCACCUGAGGUGGUCAAUAAGAAAUUAUAUAAUCGUUCUGUUGAUUGGUAUCAAUUAGGCACUAUAACACAUGAAAUGCUAUUUGGUAUGCCUCCUUAUUAUAGUCACAACAGAGAAGAAUUGUUUGAAAAUAUCAAAAAUAAAUAACUUAGAUUCCCUUAAAAUAAUUUAUCAAAGGAAGCCCUUUCAUUCAUGUAAUAAUUAUUAGAGAGAAAUCCUUCGAAGAGAUUAGGCGCAAAAAAGGACUCCGAAGAAGUCAAAGCUCAUCCCUGGUUUUCAGGCUUCAAUUGGGAUGAUGUUAUGAAUAAAAAAUUACCUGUCCCCAUGCCCAGCAUUAUUAAUCAAGCCAAUCAGACUCUGCAAGUCAAUUUUGAUGAAGAUUCUCAAAUCCAAUAGAGAAAAGCAGUAGAUAAUUGGACUUUUAUAUCUGAUUGA